AUGUCCUCUUCAAGCAACCACGACCUUGAAAGCUCUACAUGUCGUAUUCUCACUGUAUCAUCUACUCUUCGCUGUGCAAUCGACCUUGUUGACCGAAUUAAAGCAACACCAUCGGAUGCUGAGAUAGUUCGGUCUGGUUUAGGAGAGAGCUGUCGAAUCCGGUGGACGAUAUCCAACAGGUAUUACUCGGCCGACGUUCACUUUCAAGCCCACACUGUUAGCGGAUUGGCGCCGCAUCAUGUGCGAAAUGUACCUGCUGUGAUAUUUGUUUGGCCUAAAGGGGAGGCGUACCAGCAUCAUAUCCAACGAUUCGCUGGCGACAUGGCUGGCUACGAGCCAGAGGUUUCGCUUGCCGUUCGUGUCGCUCCGUCAAGCGACAUCCCAGUCGAUGCCGAGGAUGAGCAACAAGACGACGCAGACAUUGACGAGUUUCUGUCAUCCAAUGGCUUCGAGUUCAUCGAUGGCUCCAAUGAAGAAUCCCCUCACUCCCCCUUUGCCGAAGGCAUACCGGGCCUUCCUCGUGUGUAUGAUGCACUCAGCACGAUUAUGUGGCCGUCGAUGCAGACACGGUCCCGAGUUUCAACAACUCGACUUCACCAAGACUUUGAUUGGGCGGAUACCACUCAAGAUGAGAUGCCUGACCUUGGGGCUAGCCGAAGUCGACAAGAGGAGAUAGCGGAGCUCACUCGUUGGCUUGAAGAAGACACCAAUAACGACAGUAAUGCUCGCGACGACCCAUGGCGCACUGCGGCAGAUUCCAUGUCUGUAUCACCAACAGCCUUGGGAUCAACUGAAUUUCCGGAAGGCGCAAAAGAGUUUGGGUUCGAUGACGAUUUCACAGUGUUCAUUUCUGCGCCACCAGUGGAACAAGACAAGGACAAAGAUCAAGACGUCGAUUCCGAUUCUGACUUUGAAGAAUCGCCUGCUCGACUGGGUCUUCCCGGCUCCAGUCCUCUCUACCUUUCACUUGGGUCAGGACUGGAUCUUCGAGAAAUCGAAGAGGGAGACAAAGAAGACGAUGACAUGCCAACUGAAGCUGAGAUCGACGCUAUGAGCACGCGGAUAUUUGGGGGGCCCAUGCGUGAAGAGGCGGUUUCUAGCGAUUCCAACGACGGCUUUGCUGCCUUUGACUUGACAAGGGUAAUGUCGGCCUUGGAGGGUAUGAAGGCGGAGAUUGCUAACAUGGAAGACGAAGGAGAGAAACGUAAAGUAGCAGCGUCAGUUGCUAUCAGCUUGGUAUACGGUUUACAGGGAGAAGGAUCGUGA